AUGAAGUCGAUUCUUCCUUACAGCCUGCUUGCUCUAGGUUGCCUGGCCACGGCAUCCAGGCAGAGCCCUGUAUCUAUCGCCGCUGCCGAUGCCGACGAUGAUACGCCUCUUCCCCUCAUCAUCUGGCAUGGCCUAGGCGACUCGUUCGACGGUGAAGGCAUUCAGCAGGUCGCUGAACUGGCCGAUGCCGCCUUCCCCGGCAUCUACGUCCACAUCGUCAAGGUUGGCGCCGACCCCAAUGCCGACCGUUCGGCUACCUUCUUUGGCAACGUCUCGACCCAGCUCGAGCAGGGUUUGCGCCGACAUCGCCGCCGACCCCAUCCUCUCCUCGGCCCCGGCCGUCGACGCCAUCGGCUUCUCCCAGGGCGGCCAGUUCCUUCGCGGCUACGUGGAGCGCUGCAACGCGCUCCCCCGUACUACCGCGACCCGGCCCCCGCCGAGUAUGAGAAGUACAUCGAGUCGUCCAACUUUCUCGCCGACAUCAACAACGAGCGCGCGACGAAGAACAGCGCCUACGCCGACAACGUGGCCCGCCUCGUCAACUUUGUCAUGAUCAUGUUCGAGCACGACACGACCGUCAUCCCCAAGGAGACGUCGUGGUUCGAGGAGGUCAACGGCACCGAGAGCCUGCCGCUGCGCGCGCGCAAGCUGUACACCGAGGACUGGAUCGGCCUGCGCGCGCUCGACCGCAAGGGCGGCCUCAAGUUCAGGAAGGUGCCCGGCGAACACAUGCAGUUCACCAACGAGCAACUCAACGCCACGAUGCACGAGUUCCUCGGUCCAGCUUCCAAGAAGUUUGCCGCCGAGGCGCCCGAGCUGCCUCUGCAAGACGCAUGGUCUCAGGAGCUGUAA